UCUUCCCGGCAGGCAGCGCCUCUCGUCCUGGCUGGCUCCAUGUCGCCCCGCAGCAGCUCCGAAGCGCCGUCGAGUUUCUGCCCCGAGAUGGGCCCCACCAAGAAAGCCGCGGGGGCCCCCGAGCUGCGGAAGACCCUCAAGCCUCUGAUGGAGAAGCGCCGCCGGGCGCGCAUCAAUGACAGCCUCAACCAGCUCAAGACCCUCAUCCUGCCCCUGAUCGGCAAAGAUAAUUCUCGCUAUUCCAAGCUAGAGAAGGCAGAUAUCUUGGAGAUGACCGUCCAGUUUCUCAAGGAGCUCCCGGCUCUCAGCUGCAACCCCGUCCCUGACCCUGCCGGCAGCUACUGCGAGGGCUACCGGGCCUGCCUGUCGCGCCUGGCCACCCUCUUGCCCAAGUACAAGCUCCUGAACUGGGACUCCUGCCACAGCCUCCUGGGGCACCUUCAGCGGGGCAGCGAGGAGCGCAGCUGGGACUGUGGCUGCGGCAGCCCCAAGGACGUGGCCCAGGAGCGGGGCCCGAGGGUGCCCCAGGAAGAGCCCCCCCUUUCUGCACACCUGCCUGUGGCACAGCCGACCCUCUGGAGGCCCUGGUAGAGCGGCAGGCCUUCCCGGCAGAGGAGGACAGGUCCGUGAAAGGUUCCUAGGAGCCAGAACAUGCUUGCCGAAAGGCUGGCUGUCCGCCACAUCUCUGCAUGAUUUGCCGCUCAGGCCGGCCUCCGAACCUGCCUCCACGGAGGGCAGGCGAUUCCACCGCGCUUCUGCCUCUGGGUGCAAGUCUGGAUCGCUUUCUUGAUGCUUCACACGGCAAAAUGGCCUGCACUCCCGUGGAGGCUGCCUGUUGUGUCUCUGCAGGAGUCGCUGGAGUCGCCUCCUUCCAGUCAAGAAGGGCACACCCAGGAAAGUGGUGUGCGCGGAAACACAGGGGGGGUGCCUCUUGAGGGUGGGGCAAUCCUCUUCCUUACAGACUCUAAAAGUAAGAGUGAAGCAUACCUCAGUUCUAACUCAGGAGCAUGGAAAAAAACCCUGUGGUCCAGGACGCUUAUCGGAGCAGCUGCCGGAAUUCUGGCCACUUCCUGAGCUCUGUGAUCUGGAUUCCUGAUCUGGCCAGAAAUCGCCUCUCCCCUUCCAUUGGACUCUGUGAUAAUGCGUUUGUGGGGUGGGGCUGGAGAAGUGCAAACCAGUCAACCCCAAGGGUGGUUGGACUGUGUCCCUCCUCUGGUCUGUGACUUGCACAGAUCUGGCCUGGCUCCAGCCAAAGGUCAUAUGGCACUUUACUUUUGUGUUUCUAUUUGUAGAUUUGAGACACAAUAAAAUGGUUUAAAACAGU